AAGUGGGCCGCUGUAGUGACAGGAAGUGGCUUCUGCCGAUACUUGUUCGUCCCUUUUAUUUGCAGAAUAACAAGCAGCAGACGAUUUAUUUCACUAUGAGUGCUGUUGUACCCAACCAUCGAAGGACCAAGCCUGGUGGAAUAAAGCCAGGAGCGGCGGCCAGUGGUGUGACGGGACCAACCUCUCAGAUCCCUGGUCUGUCCCAGACUGCUGCCGAAAGCACACCUGUUGAGAGGAUCAGUGGACGGCGGGUUGGCAUCUUUGAAUCCGAUUCGGACUAUGUUAAGCUUGCAAAGCAAGGGGGGCAUAAAGGGCUUUUGAGCCAUGACGCUGAUGUGGAUGACAAACCGAAGAUAGCCUACAAUCCCAACAACUGGUUUGCAGGUGACGACUCAAACGGCGGCAGCAAAGCAACAUCUCCCAACAGCCAGGCGAAGGGCGGCAAGCAGCUGCUUGCACCAUUUGGCACUGAUAACAGUUCAUCCUGGGAAAGGGAGACUGAUAUAUUUACUCAUGAUAAAGAUAAGAUGUCUCCUGAUGAUGCUGCCACUCAGGUGGAGGGGCUGCCUGUGAGCAACAACUACAAGAGAACGUCUCACAAUAAGAAAGUGGCCCCUGUCAGCAUGUCCAAGCUGCUGAGUCACGGCUAUGUGGAAGACAAAAAGAAGUCUCCCAAUGAUGACGAUGCCUCAAGUGUGACCUCAGAGCAAACUAGCACCGUUGCGACUGAAGAUGUGGACGACCUGGAAUAGUGCCACAAUUUGCCGUUCUCACAUUCACUCACUCUUCUUGCACAUCCACUGACUGUACUCGUUUAUGCAGAGGGAUGAGCCCUUCCAUUGAUUUGCUUUGGUUUGGAUAAAGCAUUUAAUUGAGUAGAUGUGACGCUGUUGUUUUGUUUUUGUAACGCAAUUGCUCGAUUUUACUGGUAACUUGCGAGCCAUGUGGAAAACUAUCUGGUUCUAACAUGUUUCCACCUUUAAGCAUGCUUUUGAGCUGCUCAGUUUGCCAGCCUUACUGUGUGAAGAUCGAGCAAGUCAGUUCUUAUAGUGUUUGUGCUAAUUUAUUUAAGUUUAAGUGAAGUAAAAUAAAAUCUGUGUUUGAGCUGCAGGUGCGAGCUGACCGCAAAGUCGCUCUUACGAAGUGAUGGUUAGAUUGCGAUUCCGCAAAGUAUUUGUUCAAUACUGUAUUCCCCUGAUGUCUCAUGUUCUAUCUGUAAGCAGAAUAAAAAUGAGUCAAAUUGCA